CGUGGCAUCAAUGACCAGCUCAGCCUGCAUCGCCUGCAGGGCGCUGUUCAGAGAGUCCAUCUGGUCAAGCUGUUCCUCAAGAUACCGUUUCUCGUCGCGAAGCUCGUCCACUGCCUUAGCAAGAUCCAGGUACGUGGAGCUACCGGGGAUACUGUAGCCCAGCUCGCCGUCAACGCACUCACGAGGCAUCACGUCUUCAACCAUCCUCCGGUGUGGGAGCACCUCCUUGGGGGCGGCAUUGGCGUCGCGCUGCGCCGUCAGCUCAGCACGUUGGCGUUCCAGAGCCGCGACCGAGUCGCGCAUGUCACGUACACGGUCCUUAGCGGCGUUCGUCCGUCGUCGUUCAUUGGCGUUGUGUCGUUCGCGGCGUUGCUUGGCUGAGAACUGAGACGUGCGUCCGCCACGUUGGGCCAUAAGAGACGGCACGGCGGUGCUCGUCGAGGCCGUGGAUACCGGUCGUGACGCCGAGAUGGUCGUGUUGGUGAACACAGCUGCGGGGAAGGCGGCGACCUCCUCGAGCACCUCGGGGUCUUGGCUCUGCUUCAUCUUGAUGACAUCUUGGUCUGCUAUCUCAUCCUGACCAUUUGGCAGCGGGUAGAUCUGCUGUUGCGCGCCAGCCGGCGUGUCAUGUCCAUUGCUCACGUCAAGUACAUUGUCGAGAUCACACUUGAGCAGUACGUCCGGAUUCGGGUCAGCCGUGGCGAGCGGGAACUCAAGCAAGUCCAGCAGCAGAGAGUUGGCGCGGCUUGGGCGCGGCUCAGUGCUGCUCGACUGGGUGAAGUCGUUGGAGGGCGAGCAGGACUGCUGCUGAGCCGGAGCCUCCUUGUCUUUGGAGGGCGUGACCGGCAUGUUCAGGUCCACAUAUAUAGGUGGAAUGUAGCGGUGCGGGUAGCUCAUUCGGCCUGCUACGGAUCAAACCUGUGUCUAAGCUAGAGUGCAAUUCGUACUUCAGGGCGUUCCUGUGCGUUUGCGCUCUGCGAGGAAAAGUUUCAACUGACACGGCCGCUCGAUGGACUGCAAGGCCCGAAGUGAGCGAGCUGGUCCCGUGGCUCAUCUAUGGCCAAGAAAAGGAGCGCAACGGCAAAGCCGGAACGCAUUGCUGACAGCGAUCUGAGCCGCUUGGAUACACCUUGGUGUCGCGGCACCAGUUGGCCCCAACCGGCUGGUGUUCACGCGCGGCGAGCGGAUACAAGCCCAGUUGAGUUCGGUGCGGACGCGAGAGCGGGAAUAUCUUGGCGCUGGUCGGAGGUGUCGCUGCAGAGCUCUGUAUUUUGUAGCGCUGCAUUGGCCCUCAGCAACAAUUACGUCCACGUCGCGGUGUCUCUGCCGAACAUCGUUGCCCCCCAGCUGCGAGGAUCUGCCAGAUCCGGAGCGCCGCCCGAGGUCCCACGUGACCUUCGCGCCGACGCCGUCGCUGCACUGGCACUGCUGCUUCAAGGCAAUCGGUGGGGAUCGGCUUGCUCUCACUGCGAGUCAUAGGCUACGAGUCGGAGCAUGAGCAAGUCCUGCAAGACGUUUGAAAGUCUCGCGCAACUUUUUGAAGGAGGGUUCACGAGUGGUAUCCAAGAUGUGACGCGAGGUCCCACUUUUGGUGACAGUUUCUGGGCCGAAUCUGAUGGAUUCCGGCCUCAUCGCCCUACAAAAACCAAGUCACUAUUUUGAAAAUACAAAAUUUAAGUCAGUUUGAAAGCAUA